GCUGUUUGAUCUGUUGCUGCGAAACGUCAGGGGCUUGACAUGUGGAUCGUACCUCGGAUUGUUGUUGAUAGCCCCUCGUCCAUAAACAUCAAUGAUGGAGUUUAAUUCAGUGCAGUAAAGGGAGUAAAUAACCAUCGAGGCUUCCAAAAUGCCAGUUAUGACUGAGUUUGAAACCAAACCCGAAGAUGUUGGCCAGAUCCUUGUCAAAGUUCAAGAUGAUCUACGGCAGCUGAAGGAACAAUUGCUGGCCCAAGGGGAUGGUCGCACCAUCAACGUAGCUGACCUGGAGACUGCCCUUGCCAAGACAGAGAAAGGGCUGCAGAGACGAACAGAAGAAGUCGUCCACCAAAUCAAUAACUCUGUAACAACAUUGCCGUUGUCGGACUCAAAUAUCCAGGAUGACCACUUCACUACGCUGGACACGACAUGGGACCUGCGGCAACCAGGAAGGUUGGGAGUUUCUAAACAAGCUAGUUAUCUCAGUCAGCAGUCACAUCCAGCACUGGGGGGCAGACCAUCUUUCCAGCCGCUACCCCCAGGGGCUAAACUUCCUCUCAGACAACCAGUGCAGAGCCAGGGACUCACACCAGGACAACAGCACAAGCAACAGUGGGGUCUGCGUGCAGUCUACAACCCAUACAACUCACAGAGCCGGAAUGUCCUUCAGGAGAACUACGGCAUCCAGCUGCCACUGAUUGCGGACAAGAGAGAUGCCAGGCCUCCACCAAAGCCAGUGAUGGGUUCGACUAUAGAGCACUUGAGUGUGUUGCCAAAAGCCAACAGGGUUGACGCUCAGCUUGCCCCUCCCCCUAUCAACGAGGGCGAUGCUCAGAUGGGGAUCCUGAGUCUUUUGGAGCGAGGCCUGAUACCUCCAGCUGCCCAGCUGACCCUUGACCCCUCCCCAGUCAAACAGAUGGUGGCACCCCUACAUGAUCCUCAGGACAGAAACAAAGCACCAGCAAUAUCAGGUAACCAGGGAGGGGAUGUGCCCCACCCAAACCUUCCUUCACCCCUUCAAGCAAGUUUGCCUGGAUUCAAGCCAUCAGUAUGCGGAAUCCACCUAGACAACCAAUCACGACAGCAGAGUGACGGAGUCCUACAUUUCCUCCAACAAGAUGCGUCGAUGACAUCUAAAGUCUGCCCCACGCCAGAAACCCGUUCCACGUCUGCUCGCACCAGAAUGUCGUCUGCUACUGGUUUCUCCAAAACCCCUGCCACCAUCAGGACGUAUGAGAUGCCUCUCCAGCCCUUGCUUCCACCAUUGCCUCCCCCGACGACACCAGCCAGCGGGGACUUUAAAGCCCUCAGUCACAGGUUCGCUCUGCAGAACGGGAAGGCGCGGGAUACACAACCAGAGUUCCUGGCCUUCAAACAGCACUAUUGUCUCACCUGGGGCAGCAUAGUUUCAAUGAUUCGCCACCUGGAGAGACUGAUGACAAAGUACUCUGUGCCAGUAGCCUUCAUCAGUGGAGACAAACUGGCCGAUCUCUCCAUGGAGUUUGAGCUGGAAAUGGCCCCAACUGUGGAUGAUCUGCUGACAGUUGUAGUGAACCGAGAUGACGUGGAGGCCAUCAUACGUAGGCCGGGUCGUCGCUACCUUGGUUACAAUGGCCAGGAGGUUGCUGCCACUCACAUCCAAUCAUCAUGGCGCCGGUACAAGGACAGGUCCGUGUACCUGGACUAUCGGCGCCACAAGUGGGCUGCAGGUGUGAUUGCGAUCUCCUGGAUCAUGCACAUCAAGAUGGUGAAGGUCCGGCAGCAGCUGAAACAGACCAGACUAGACCAGCUGGAGAGCUUCAGGAUGAGGUCAAAGAAAUUUGCCUUGGCCUGGGAUCGGAUCAAGAUGUCCAAGCGUGUGGUCAUCCACCUGCCGUCUCUCGGACUGACUCAGAGUAUUCGUGACAGUAUACACGAGUUUGGGAUCCGUCAGAACACUCAGAUGGCCCGACUCUGUGACAUCAGAGAUCCCAAUGUUGAUGUAAUCUUUGUGUCCCCCGUGCCCCUGAGUGACGAGACGCUGCAGUACUACUUCAAACUACUUGGGCUCAAGUCUGCGGUGGACAGCGGUAUGGUCGAGGACCAGUGUGACAUGACAGAGAGAUACAAGAUCAUCGUCCCCGAGGCCAUCAAGAGUUUUCCAACACAUCGCAUGUGUCUGGCCACGCUGCUCAGAUACAGCCCCGAGACUCUGAAGAGGAUCAAGAACCUGAUCCGUGGGCGUGAGGCGUUCAUCGUGACCGGGGUCCCCCACAAGGAUGACCUGGGAGUGGCUGACAUCCUGGAUGUGCCGAUCCUCUCCCCGGAGCCAGACGUAGCUCACCUGUACUCAACCAAAUCGGGGAGCAAGAGAAUCUUCAACAGUGCUGGUGUGGACAUCCCACCUGGAGAGUAUGAUGUGUACAGUCUCGGUCAGCUUCAUGAAUGCCUUGCCCAGCUGGUCACAGAGAACCUCGCCGUCAAGCGCUGGCUGUUUAAGCUGGAUGAUGAGUUUGAUGGCCGUGGUAUUGCAUACUGUGAUAUCCCCAGCUACCUCAAGUGUUACAACUGGGCUCUCAAGGAGUCACACCGCUAUGGAGAAAAGUGGAGCAAGAAGUGGGCACAGGAAGCGGCAUACAUCAAGAUUCACGCCGAGAUACCCGAUGUCCUCACUGAGCAUGCAACACCCAUCAACACUGAAAUAUACAAAACAUGGGACAAAUUUCUGGAAGCAUUUUUAAGUCAAGGUGGAGUUAUUGAAGCAUGUCCACCUUCAGAGAGCAUCACAUGUGUCACGGUCGACAUGAUGAUUGAACCCAGCGGUAUCAUCAACAUUCUCACCUGUGGCGAUCAGAUCCAUGCCGAGACACCCUUCUCCUGCUGGGGCCUGUCUCUCCCUCAGUCUUCCAUUGAGCCCGAAACUCUUAACACAGCAUGCAACAAAGUGGCUGAGGCCUGCAAGUCCAGGGGCAUUGUGGGAUAUUACACCAUAGACUUUGUCACGUUUAUUGAUGGAAAGACGAUGGAACAGAAGCUGUGGGCCCUGGACUUGAGUCUACGUUACAGUGACACCCUGGCCAUGUUCCAGCUGGCAGCCUACGUCACGUCGGGCUCCCUCGACACCAGCACACACACGCUCAACGUCUCACCAAGCAAGACGGACAAGAAACCCAAACGCCGGCGGCUGCAGGGGCAGGAGGAGGUCUCACCUAGUUCUACUCGCUAUGCUGUAAUGAGUACACGUCUGCUCCACACCAACCUGGCUGUCGUCCAUUAUAGCGUGUUCUUCCAGAUGUGUCGGGCUCACGGUAUAGGAUACGACAUCAAGGAGAAGCAGGGUACUGUGUUCACCCUAGUGGACAGCUUCAACAGAGAGAGACUGGGAAUGCUCACCAUCGGUGACAACCUGCAGGGUGGACUUGCUACGUUUGCUCUCAACAUGUCCGUCAUCCACCAAGAGAUCUCGGCACCCAACAUGCAGGGCAACACAAACUUCAAGGGCGCCAUUGAGGACAUAGAGGGAAUUCUGGGAACUACAAUCCAGAACGCUGAGCAGCAGAUGGAGGAGGCCAAACAAGAGGAGGAGGAGGCCUAGGUCCAGCAUCACCAUCAUCACAGGAGAUUGUCCGCCGAGAUUAACAUUCCUAAAACUGCUGAACAUUGCAGGCAGCAAAGAAAAAGCCAAAA